AUGCAAACAUGCAAGAGCUGAGCUAACAAGAUGCACUUCAAAUGCCAGCUGGAUAUCAUCCACGAUCUGACUGACCUCAAGAUCGAUGUGAUCGAAGUCAAGAGAUUUGUGAAGAGACUGUUCGAGCUCAUAGCUGAGAACGGUUUGAGAAAAUACAGUCCUCACAUUGACAGUGAACUCAAAGAUUUUAAGGACAGCCUCGUCGAGAUUGAGAACAAAAUAAAAGAUGCUAUUACUCAUGACCACUUCGAACAAUUUGACACUCUCCAGUCUGAGAUCAAACAGGUCCAAACUCAGAUGGACGAUAGCAAAGUCGUCAAAGAUAUUUUGUACUUGUCAACAUUCAGAGAUGUCAGCAUGUACAGCCUACCCAAGAUCGGUGGUGACUUAUCAUCUGCAACAAAGGUCAAAGAAAAGAUCGAUGCUGUGGUCAAAGAAAAUGUGGAGCUGAUGGAGAAGAAGUUCCGCUCCAAAUCAAGACAAUUUGAGCAACAGUGCAAAGUCAGACUCACUGAAGAAUUCAAAGGCGAGAUCCAGAACCUGAAAGAUCUGAAUGAUGCUAAGGAUACGGAGCUUGAGGAACAGAAAGAAGCCACAGAGCAAGCACUUCAAGAUACCGAAGAUACCAAGAAGCAAAAAAACGAAGCUCUUGCUGAAAAUGCCACAUUGCAAGCUGAGAACAAAGACUUGAAAGAUUUUAAGGUUCAGCUUGAGAAUGACUUGAAGGUAAAGCUCGAGAAAAUUAAAGAAUGCAAAGAUGAGCAAGAUAAAGAUAAAAGAGAAAUAGCCAAACUAUACGAAGAACUGAAAGUAAAUGAAGCAAAUUUAGAAGAAGCUAAGAAAGUCAUCAAAAACAACUUUAAAAAUAUCUGUCCAGACUUCAACAUUGAUGCUAAAGAAUUGGAUCUUACGAUGAAUGAAGAGAAAUGGAGUAAAUUGGUGCAAGCAAUGGUAGAAUGUGAGUACUCGUUUGGAGAUAUGAAGAGAGUUGCUAUUAACAGAAUUAGCAAUGAAGAUGCUGUACUUAAUGAAUUUAUGAAGCAAUCGUUCCCUACUUCAUUAAAGCUGUUCGCAUUUAAUUUUAAUUAUAUUGGAUCUUCAGGAUCUGAUUCAGUUAAGGUAAAGUUAUACCUUGAUGGAUUAAAGAAGAUUAUUCCAACUGUAACCAAGGAAGUUCAUUUUUAUCACCUUAUUUUGGAUGAAGUCGACCUUAAUGAGAUUGUGAAGUCAGCGUAUAGUGCUGAAAGAUUAAUAAUUGGUCAGAGCAAAAUCUCUACUUCAGACUCUCUUGAUUUUUCAUCACAUGCUCAAGCAAAACUUGAGUAUCUCAGCUUCACUUCUUGCGGAAAUUCUUGGUGCAAUAUGGAAUGGAAUAGCUAUCCAGAGAGAUUUGAGAAGAUUGUGAUUGCAAUCAAGAAUUCUUCUCUAAAAGACUCACUCAAGACUCUAAAUGUAAAUAGCUGUAAGAUUUCUGCCUCCAAAGUAACUGAACUACUGACGAAUCACUGCCUCUCUCAUAUCAGUGUUGUUGAAGAAGGUAACCCUCCUCUUGAAGAAUAAGAUUGUGUUGAUCUGAGAAUUACC